AUGACCAAAGUGAUAGAGAUACAAAUCAGGAAAUGCCACGAGGAAGACAUAAACAAUGACAUCCUCUCCUACAUCUCCAUGCUGGCUCUUACUGUGAAGAACCCUUUCAGUGUGUGGAAGUUCAGCAGGGGAGUGCUGAGGCAGGGUGUCACCUGGAGCGGGUACCCGGUGAUACCCCGCCGUGGUGUCAUCACGCAUGACGUCACGCUCUGUUACCUGCCGCCAGCCAUCUCGGAUAAAAUGGAUUCAGAAGAAAGUUACAUUGCAGCACUAACAGAAAAAGCCUGCGAAUUGGUAGAAACAGCCAUAAAAAAUGCCCAGGAAUGCCUGAGAAGCCUACACACAGCAACAACUGAGGACACAAUUACGGAGCAGAAAUACACAAUGGAGAACAUUUCAUGGGCGCAGUGUAAGGAUUUCACUGUGGAUCUGGGGAAGAAACAAAUCGAAGAAUAUGUUUCUAUGUGGGAAUUCCACGAGAGCUGGUUGUACUGUACAGAUUUUCUGAAAGAAGAGGAGAUGGAGUUCAGUAAGCUGUUCCACUACAGAAUGAGAUGGAGCAUCCCAACCUGCAGGAAACCAAUUCCUAGAGCUACUGCCUGUGUCUAUUUCACAAUAAAGAUCUCCAAAAUUAAACCACCGACUUUGCCAGUGGAAGUAUUCUUUGUAUUUGAAUCAAACAGACUUGUACACAGGCCUGGACAGACAAGAUUCAGAGAAAAAUGGCUGAAAGACAUCAUUGAAAGCAAAAUGAUCAUGAUGGACAGUAUUACAUUUUAACUUUACAGAGAGGCGGCUUUCAUGUCUGCAUAGU